AUGACGAGUCCCGAUUCACAAACAGAGGACCUAGACGAGAAAUUUCUUCAGCUUCUUACAGUCCAUGGUCGCGAUUUUCAGUCUUACUCGAUCGACAACAACAUUUGCUUUCAACCUGUUGACGAUGAUGAAGUGGAACGCCUCGAACUUCAACACCGAGUCUUCGACAAGGUAUUUGACGACCGUCUAAUCUUUCCACCUCUACCGAACAACGGCAACCCGAAAAGGAUUCUCGAUUGCGGUCAUGGUACUGGGGCUUGGGCGGUCCAGGUAGCGGAGCAAUACCCACAGUGCGAGGUUAUUGGAGUGGAUAUAUCUCCUCAAAUGAGCCCUGAUUUUGCUCCAGACAACUUGUGGUUCCAGGUUGACGAUUUGAAUCGCUCCUUUACCUUUCCCUCGGAUAAUUUUGAUCUCGUUCAUUCAAGAAUGCUAGCGACAGGCAUCGAUCGAGACCGGUGGCCGUCAUAUAUUCGAGAUAUCAAGAGAGUCCUCAAACCGGGUAGUUGGGUUCAGAUGGUAGAGAUGUAUUUCAACGUGCAGUCAGACAAUGGUUCUCUCACCGAGUCACAUGCUUUGAGACAAUGGAGUACCAAGUUCAUGCAAUCACUAAACGACAAGAAGGACCUCCGCGUCGGUACGCGCUUGAAAGAGCUUCUGCUGGCUGCAGGAAUGGACCACGUGGACGCAAGGAUGAUCCCUCUUCCACUCUCCGGGUGGCCCACUGAGCCGAGGGCACAGGACAUAGGUGCGGCAAACCUCGAAAGUACUAGGCAGAUGCUCCCCGCGUUGGCUUUAUAUCCGUUGACCCAACGUCUGAGAGUACCUUAUGACGAGUUCCAGCAACUCAUUUCCAGAGCACAGGAAGAAGCAGGAACACUGGGCUUGAAAGCCUACUUUCCGCUGUAUGUGUGUAUUGGACGGAAGCCUUCAUGA